GGAGACAUUGGACUGGUUGUAAACCCGCGUGAAAACGUGGCGCGGAGCGCCCCGACAACGUGGUGCACCUCUAUUACAUACGAUCUAUACUUGGGUAAUUGUACUCAGACAAGAAAACUACUAACGCCGGUUGAUACAUAAUGAUACGAUGAUGCAGUGCCAGCGUGGUACCAGACCAGAUCAUCGAAGGAAAUUACGCACACCGAAUUCCGAAACCAUGGGCAUGCGUGUUUCAGGGGGGUUGAACUGCCCGAUGCCCACUGGGACAUAUAACCUAACUGCGGACUUGUUGGUCUUGGUUUGGUCAAGUCACUCAGGAGUACAUACACACAUACUGAUAAGAGUUCACUGAUAUCCAUGUAGAGCAAGGUGAUCUCGUUUGUGCAGACAUGCACGCCUGUCUUCGAGUCCCCGAUAUUCUUCAUUGCAUCAUCGGAUUCUCGAAAGAUGACAGAAAUAGUGAUCACCCCGAUACCAGUUACAAGGACGUUGCAAGACUUGCUAGGACUUGCAAGGCAUUCAAGGACCCAGCGCUUGAUGCUCUCUGGAGAAAGCAAUCUUCGCUUAGUCCACUUGUCAUGUGCUUACCCAAUCGUUUCUGGACGAGGGGGAAUCGCAGCCAGAAUCCCGUGCUACGUUGGCUUCGCUGGGGGUCGUCGAGGAGGGAUGCCGACCGUGACAAGGUCAAGGUCGUAUCUCUCACCAUGAAGCCUCCACCUUCGCUUCAGGACUGGCUCUCCCUGAAAAGAUAUUCACGCCGAAUCCAAGCGUUUGAUUCCACCCCGCUAGAUUUACCCGGAAUCUGUAGCAAUGCCUUGCACGUCUUCCAGCCGGGUCUGUUCCCUGAGCUGUUUCCGUCACUCCGUACUCUGAACUUCGAUGUCUUCAACCGAGAACCAUCAUAUGUACGGCCCAUCUGGUUGCUCACUCCCAUGCGUUUACCCCACCUUGUUCACCUGGCCUUCACCAUUUGUGAACACCACCAAUACCAGGACCCCAAUGAAAUUCUACAAUUGCCGCUAGCUUGUGCGCCAUCCCUUCAAACAUUGCGCAUCGAUGCUGUCUUCGAUGUGAACCGACGUAUCACACCUGUCCACUUGGCAGCCAGCUUCAGAGAAACUCCUUACUUGCGUAUCCUCUCCCUCUCUCGCAAUCUGGAUGUCUCGUCUAAUCUGCGCGAGAUGAUCUAUUUGCAAAAUUUGCAAGAGUUGACUGUAACCUUACCCGAUGACUUCGAUAUUGACGUCCAUCCAUCCAUGCAACCGAUACUCCCCUCACUUCGGUAUUUGGACGUAACCGUUGGUUCUUUGAAUCAGGGAACCAACUUUCUUUCCUUUAUCUCGUCCGAACUCGGUCAUGUCAAGAUUUCCCAUCGCUUGCCUGCUAUUUGGAGCGAUAUCUAUCAGCUGUUUCAGGCGAUCUACCGCAUUUAUCGACGUUUUCCGGACUUUCACACGCUCAUUGUCGAAUAUUCCGACACAAUCGCUCUCUCCACCGAUCCCUCCUUCGACCUCCCGCGAUGGAUACUGAAACCCCUCCUUGCAUGUCGCCGCUUGCGUGUUUUUGAUCUCACUUCUCGAGGCAUGCUGGGUAUCAAUGAUGCCUUCAUCGCGCAGAUUGCACUUGCGUGGCCUGAUCUCGAGACUUUCCAUCUGCGUGGAUCCCAACGUAAAUUGUCGCGUGUAACGCUGAGAGGUCUACGUGAGCUCUUGCGAAGCUGCCCACGACUUUUAUCGCUCGGCAUGGAGGUUGAUACGAGGGUUCUGCCUGAGGAAGAGCCGGAAAUGGAAACAUUGUCUCUCCAGUCGCUCCAUAUUACGACUAUUGGCCGGGAAGGUGUCCACAUCAGGGUAGCCCAAUACCUUAGAGUUCUCGCACCUAGGUUGCAGGUCCUCUGUAUAGAGUCUGUUCGCCCUGACCUGGGCUGGGCCUGGGCAGGUAAUGUUCUAUGUGACCAACCCUCGCCACGUCCUACACAACCCAUGGUAGCUUUCCAUCUCCUGCUGUUGUCCAAAGAAUCGUAUCGCCCGCUACUUCCUCUUCCAGAUGGUCCGCGGUGCGCAGGGUGUUUGUGGAUGGAGCCUUGCUUUAGCAGUCUUCCUUGGUGAUCACCAGCGCUAUGUCCUGUUUGUACGGCUAUCUCCGGUUCCAAUAGGGUCGCUCAAAUUUGGAGUCUACGCCCACGGCUAAUUUGUAGUGGUCGUUCUAUCGGCGUAGGCCCCAACUUUGAGCGACCCUAAUCACACUUGUACAGUAUGUCACUGUUUUCAGAAAUUGAUUUACCAUGUAUUCUUGCAGCACUCUACGAUAAGAGUAUGUGUGCUUCGAUCAUUAAAACCGCCCUUCCAGGGCUAGGAGAAGGGUUACAGUUCGCAUUCGUGCUGCCUAUCGUUUUACCAAGCUGAAGCCAUCUUGGCCAUUCG